AUAACGAGGAUGUGGGACACGAUUCAUAUGCUUAUAUAACACACAUUGCUAGACUCUGCGAACUAAAGAAAAUAAUAUGUAUUUCUCAACAUACAACGAAAUCUUGGUGGCAACACAGUGUUAUCUUCAUGCGCUGUAACCCUUGUUUGUAGAAACCGCAUAGUACAUAUGGCCAAUCGCAUAGAACAUUGCUUGAUUCGGUGAAAUUAUUGUGCGAUCGUAACGUCUUGCGUUCCAUUUUUUAUUGUCUCUAAAUCGUAGUUUCCCAAGAGGACGGUAAUUUUCACAUCAUUGUUUUGGUGUCACUGCCGCUACUUACAAUUUUUUUUAAAUUUAUUUUUAAAAGAAUUCGUGCAAAGUUGUGAUGGCUAUAAGUUGUGAUGGCUAUAACUGCAGUAAAGGAGUCAUGAGUUUCAUGUCACAGUUUAAGUACACAGAGAACUGACAUACGGAUUGUUCCUUUACAGGAGAAGUCACACCACCAGUGCAAAUGUUUACACAAUCCGUGGUAGCAUGACAUAAUGACAACAUUCACUGACUAAUCACGAAAGCACACAUGGACUACAAAUGGCCACUACAUCGGAAGCCACAAUGAUUAUUUGCUACUGAUAAAUGCAAUGGAAGUGAUCCUCGAAUGCUUGAUGCUUCACUCAGAUCUGAUGCAACAAGAAGGCUGAGAAUAAUUUAUAGUAUAAUGUGACUCAUUCCACAUCCUCAAAGGAGCUCCACCAUGAUGGGAUUAAUGAAAUAAGCGUACUGAAUGAAUGAAAUUCGUACCUAAACACCAUCAAGAUGUCUGAUAAGAAGCCAUUCAGCGUCUCGGGACCUCUCAGUGAGUACCGAAAGAAAGCCAGUUUUGACUGGGACAAACUGAGAUUUUCCCUGGAUAAUGAAGAAAUUCUUAAAAUGAAGGCAAAAAUUUGGAGUGUGAUGGAGUCAGAUCCACUCUUCCUUCAGCCCUCACUAACACCAAGUCCUGAUGAACAACAUAGAUUAACUAUGAAGCGUAUCAGGUAUCUGCAGGCCAAGAACCUUAUCUCACCAAAGGAUUUUCAUAAUAAUGUGAAGGUAAAUGCAUUAACUUCAACACUCGGUCAGUAUGAUGCUUCACUUGCUUUAAUUUACCCAAGAGAACUUACGGCAUUCCUGAGAGCAGUUAAUGACUUUGGUACCCAGCGACAUAAGAAGUAUAUACAAGACUGCUUGAACAAUAAGAUUUCUGGAUGUGUGGCAACUGAAGAGAUCUGCGGUUCUUGCAGGACAACGGCAACUUAUGACCAAACAUCACAAGAAUUUGAGCUUCAUUCUCCUGAUUUUGAAUCCGCAAAAUGUUGGCAGCCAAGACUCGGAAUUAGUGGUACACAUGCUGUGGUUUCUGCAAAUCUUAUCACUGGAGAUAGUGUGAAUCAUGGUGUGCACUACUUCUUGGUACCAAUUAGAGAUCCUAUGACUCUUAUGUCAUACUCAGGAAUUAUUGUUGGUAAUGUGGGUGAGAAGACUGGGCAAAAUGGAGUUGACACUGGGUUUCUGAUGUUCAACAAAUACCGUAUACCACAAGAAAAUUUGCUUAAUAGCCUUGCGGAUGUGUCACCUUCUGGCAGGUAUACAAGGACAGCAAAUGCCAUGACCUUUGAUGAUGUCCAAACUCAACUGGCACUUCACUAUUUGGUGACUUCUGCUAAUUUAUCGGCUGCAUUGCUGGCAAAGGCUGUAACCAUUGCAGUUCGUUACUCAGCUGUUCGGAAACAGUUUGGUCCAACACCAAACCAAGAACUUCCUGUUAUCGAAUAUCAGCUUCAACAAUGGAGACUUUUCCCCUACUUAGCAUCGAGCUUUGCUUUCAAGAUUUUUGCAGACUUUCUUGGACAGGCUCUUGACAACCAGCACCCAAAGGAUAUCAUUGCAGCAAAGGAGCUACAACAGAUAGCAUCAGUGGGAAAAUAUCUGGUAACUAGUGUAACGGUUGAUGGAACUCAAGAAUGCCGAGAAGCUUGUGGUGGCCACGGUUACCUUAAAGUUGCUGGCAUAGGUGACAUAAGAAAUGAUAAUGAUGGAGAGCAUGUAUCUGCUCACUGUAGUAGUACUGUACUGCGCCAGUGUAGUGAGUGGUUGCUGGAAUUAUGGUCAAAGAACAAGAAGGGUGGGCUACCUUUCUCUAGUUCUGCACUUGGAUCACUAGCAUUCAUAAGGGAGCACACUGACCUAAUGACUAAACAUUUCAGAGCUAAGUCAGUGAAUGACACAAUUGUUCCAGAAGAAUUGCUGCAAACAUAUCGUUGGCUAGUAUGUUGGCUGCUGCAGGCAACAGAAGAGAAACUAAGGAAACAAGGCCGUCAGCUUUCUGAAUGUGAAGUGUUCUGUGCAGCACCACUGGCAAGAGCAUAUAUCGAACACUUUAUCUUGCAGAAAUUUGUGGAAAAAGCAAACAGUGCAAACAAUCAUUCUGUGAAGGUUGUUCUCCGUAAACUGUGUUCCCUGUACGGUGUAUGGUCUCUUGAAAAGCACCUGCCCUUCCUCUACCAAGGUGGCUACAUGAGUGACCGUGAGCCAGCACAUUUCAUACAAGAAGGCCUCUUACAACUCUGUGAACAACUGAAAUCUGAAGCUAUUAGUCUGGUGGAUGCUCUGGCCCCUCCAGAUAGGCUUUUGUCAUCUGUGUUGGGACAGUCUGAUGGACAUGUAUAUCGUAAUAUGCAAGCUUCAUUCUUCAGCAAUCCACAGACCUUUGAACGGCCAGCUUGGUGGAAAGAUGUUGUGUUUUGGCAGCACUCAAAACUCUGAAGAAUUUUCUAUGAAAUGGCUUGAAUUUCAUAUUUGAUGUUCAUAUACAAAAUAAUUCACUCUCAGGUGAUUGGAAUUAUGUAUAUAAAUUAGUUUCCUCAUGCACAAAGAACAGUAUCCCUACUGCCUAUUUAUAAAACAUUAAGUUGGCUUAAAACUGGGACUUACAUAUUCAUAUUUUUUAUAGAAAACCUUUCACAAACAUUCUUUUACAAAAAGAAACUUAAAUCAGUUACUUGAACUGGAGAUUAUAAGAGAGAGACACUUUUAGUAUCACUUCAAAAUGUGUCCCAGUGUCAUGCGAAACUUAAGAAACAAGUAGCUCUCACUUUCUGCAGUCCCAGUGUUAGACGUAUAAUGGGAGGUGAACGAAACUGCUUACAUGUGAAUAAAAAGAGACAGAAGGAAUUCAUGUUUUAGUACAGCAACCAAUAUGGUUGUCAUUCAUUUACUCUGAAGAUACAUUUUCAAGUCAGAAAUAAGAUUGAUAAUAUCUGCCACUUGAAUGUUUAAUUCUUACUACUGAAAAAGAAAGUGGUCAAUAGAAAGAUUUGUACAAAGCUAUAUUUUUAAUAAGAAUAUAUUUUUUUAUAUGUGGUGAAAUAAAAUUUUAUAUUUGUCUAUUUUUAAAGGGGGUAUUUUUGUACACUUGAACAAUUAUGUGAUUGAAUAAAUAAUAUAUCUUGCUGUUGGA